AUUCUUAGUUUAACAGAAUAUGCUUUACAAAUAAAAGAAUAUUCUGUUAAAUUUAACCCCAAAAAGAAUCGUCUACGUUUUCUCACUCACAAUUAAUCGUUUUCUCUCUCACGCAGCUGGAGUACACCAUUCUCUUAUGGAAAAUCUUUCAAAGGUUUCUCACGCAUAAUGUUCAUAAUAUGUUUUCUCACGCAUAAUGGUCAAAGGUAAGUAAUAUUCAGCAAUAUCCGAUGGCCAUUCAAAUUCCUGGAUACUCAAUAUAGUUUUGAUGCUAUAUUAGUUUAGUGGUGACGUUUUCAGUGUAUUUCAUUCGGAUCGGAUCGGAUCCGAAAAACUAUGGCUGAGCGAACUGAGAGCGCGGAGGCGAAAUCGGAGUCUUUGAUCGAGAAGAUUACAGAGAAGAUCCAUGGUCAUGGCGACUCUUCAUCCUCCUCAUCCGACUCUGCAUCGGAGCAAGUGAAACCGGAAUCUCCGUCUUCUGUUAAGACCAAGAUUUUCAGGCUUUUUGGGCGAGAAAGACCAGUUCACCAGGUUUUCGGUGGAGGAAAACGUUGCAUGCUCAGGCUCUCACCUUAACUGCGUUA